AUCCAUGCCUGCGUGCACCGCGAGGGAGGAGGACGACAAGGGCCGUCAACAGUCGAGUAUAUGAAGACCGCUUGCCUUGCGUUUCGUUGAGCCCUGGAGCUCUCACCCUCCUUUUCAUGAAGCUAGUGAAUUUUGCAUUAUCAUGUCAACUUGGCCUUCGUCAUGCACGGUACAUAGUGCACAGCAUGGUUCAGCAGACAGCAGAAGCCAUCCAUGGAUAUGUCCGCAGGUCCCGUUUGUGAGAUGCAACGUGCAGGACGGAUGCUCGGUGUUCGUCUGCGCCGACGGUCCGUCCAGCGCCUGCUGUCAAGUAGCGGACCAUGCAGCGCGUGUCUGCAGGCCUGUACGUCCCUUGCCACAACCAGCGGUGUCCACAUCCUCGUGCAUCCCUCACUCCGCUCCAUCGUCGCCUCGAAUACACCCGCGCCCGCUCCCUACACCUCCGGUUGGCACUUUGCAUCGCCCCCGCUCCGAGCCUUGUUUACCGAGCAGUUCCGCAGCAUCUGGCACAUCUACCCGUCCUCUGCCCCGUCCUCUGCCCAUCCCUGCCGUGCUGCUGGCAGUCCGUCGCCGCUUACGACCCUUGCCCACCCCCACACCCCGUGAGACAUGUAUUAAGCAGCCGGCGGAAUCGACGGUUAACGCACCAUCGCGUCCUCGGCUGUGUUUCCGCAUCAGUCUCUCGGACCGGCCGUGCUGUGCUCCUUCUGAAACGGGGCACAAACGAGAGGGAGCAAGGCUGAGCGCCAUGUCCGAGAUCUCCUCACCCAUAGUAUUCGCGGAGGACAACACGGACUCGGACUCGGACAGCCAAGGCACGUAUUACUCCUCAGACGACGGAAGCUCUGGAUGGGAGGAAGUUGAUUCGGGAUGUAUCACGGCCAUGGAGAGCAUAGAAGCCCCAGUCUGUCCGAAUGAGAUCGAGCAUGCCCCAGAUCUCGCAUUCUGCAGCCUACCUGGCUCAAGACGAGAGUGGAUUUUGGAGAAGGCUGGCUGUUCACACAGAUGGAGUGAGGGAUCGGCGGAUUAUGCCCUCAUCCUGAACGAGUUGAGAAAGCUGCGAUAGCCGGCAAUAUCCCCGCGUUCUGGAUCAAUUGCUGGAAGGAACCAUGGAGAUGCCUGUUAACGACAUUAUGAUCUGAUGCAACGUACCAGU